CAAUCAAAUGCCCACCCACGCCACGCAAGGAAGCAAGGAAGCAAACCGUCCGUCCCUAUCCAUCCAUCCAUCCAUCCAUCCUCUUCUUCUUCUUCUCCUCUGCUUUGCUUCGCUGCCAAGCCAUCCUCGGAUCGCUUCUCUCCUCUCCUCUCGCCGGCGACGACUCUCCGUUCUUCACCCCGCGCAGGAAGAAGAAGGAGAAAGAAAGAAAGAAAAUGGCGGACAGCGGCGGCGGCAGCGACUGGGAGGUGGUGUCGCUCACGGCCUCCACCUACGCCGCCGCCCCGGGACCAAUCUCGCCCAUCCACAACGCCGCUGACAAAAGAGAGUCGCCUCUUCUUCUUGUCCCAAAUCCUCCUGCCCCCCCUGCACAUUUCUUCAUGUCCCAGCACUUCAAUCUGCCAGCAAAAGAACCACUUUUUGGUACCCAUCUUGAGAAUAAUAAGGGAGGCCAAGAGUUAGAAUCCGGCCCUGCCGUGCCGGACGGUCUCAACAUGCCCAUCUGCCCAGAAAACUACCGCGACAGCGAGAGGGAGGAUGGGCUGGUUCUUGCUAGUCCGGCCGGCAAUGGCCUUGGCCUCCAGGUGGAAGGAGGAGGAGGAGGAGAGGAACUGCAACGAACCACCACGCCCUGCUCUCUUCCUGACGUUGCUGCAGGUUCAGAUGCUGCUGCUGUGGGUUCUGCUACCCUGCCUGCUCCUGCUCCUGCUCCUGCCGCCACGGUGCCGGUGGCUGCUCCUUCCGGCGGACUCAAAAGUUGCAAUGCUGGUCAGGCUCAGGCGUGGUGGGAGAAGACCUACUCCUUCCCGCGUCAAGAUGGGAAUGGGAAUGAGAAUGGCACACAGCCCCUCCUCGCCUUCCGCUUCGUCUUCGUCGCCGGCAAACUGCAGCUUCAGGAAGACCACCCCCACCUCAGCCCUGUCCCUGAAUUCGUCGGCCAAACCCAGAAGAUAGGCUGCGCGGCGACUGAGCCACUUGGUCAGGCGAAGGUCAGCAUGCUUGGUGGAGGAGGCCCUGUUUCUCAGCAGGGGUAAAUUAACUACACAAGCUGCGUAGUAUGCUGCUGCUGAUGAUGAUGAUGGCGAAAAACUUAGUAUGGUAGCUAAGUAAGAAGUUGAUGAUGACUUGGAUCGAUGAUGAUGACGAAAAGGGUGUGGUGAAUACUUUCUACUUACUCUGAUCCAUGUAAGUGGAGUGGUAUUACUUAAUUAGUAGCUAGGCAAUGGAGUAAUGAACAUGUGUGUAUGGGUGAGCAGUGGUGCUGGUUAAUUCCAUCUUGCUAACUAGUGUGAGUGUGGUGCUUGUAAAAUAAAGUGUUGUGUUUAAGCAAGCAGAGACUGAUAUUUCUUGUUAGAAGAUGAUUAACCAGAGACCGACUGAUAUAUGAGAUGGAUGGGGUUUGUUGUUGUUGU